ACUGCAACCACAGCUGACAGCUUAAUUGCAGUCUGUGAGUUACCUGGAGUCAGAAUCACACAGCUGAACUGUGCCCAGGUCUCUGACCUGUGGGGGUAAUAAACCACGAAGUCAUAAAUGUUGUUUUGAGCCAGCAAACGAGCUACACAGGGGAUGAUUUGUUACAUAGCAGUAGAUAACCAACACAAGUUCUACUAGAAGAUUAGGCAUGACGUGAAGGAGAAUGGUGCAGGCAUGCAGAGCAUGGGCUCCGACGUCAGAUGGGGCAGGGAGACGGGGAAGGAGCGCUCUAGCCCUGUGAGGUUGGACAGUGUGGGACGCAGUUCUUCAGUCUUUGUCCUGGACCACGUUGGUCUUGAAGAAUGCAGUACCCCAACCCCAUGGAUAAAAAUGUCAUCUCUGUAAAAGUCGUGGAGGAAAAAAUAGAUGAAUCAACAGGGAUCAUCUAUAGAAAGAGGAUUGCAGUCUGUCGGAAUGUGGUUCCAGAAAUUUUGAGGAAGAUAAGCAUUUUAAAAGUACCCAGUAUCCAGUUAGAAGAGGAAUCGUGGCUCAAUCCUCAGGAAAGAAACAUGGCUAUCCAGAGUCACUGCCUCACGUGGACACAGUAUGCCUCCAUGAAGGAAGAAUCCAUCUUCCAGGAGAGUGGGGAAAAUCCAAAUUGGACAGAGUUCAUUCAAAGAGGCAGGAUUUCAAUCACAGGAGCUGGAUUUCUCAACUACAUUUUGGAAACUUUUGCCAGUACAUUCUUAAGACAGGGUGCCCAGAAGGGAAUUAGAAUCAUGGAGAUGCUGCUAAAGGAACAUUGUGGUGCCCCUGUCGCUGAAUAAAGCAAUUGUUGGGCACCUAUAACCACGUCCAUUUGUUUUUGAGAAUUACUUCUUGGCCACAGCACAUCAUAGACAUACACAGUUUCUGGAUAUAGGUUUGAGGAUAUAGUAUCGGCAGCUUAAAGAAGAGGAGACCUUCUUGUCAGGACAUACAAUGAUGUACUCCCCUGGGAGUCCACUUCCAAAAGUGCGACUCAUGGAGAUAAAACCUCUUGCUGGAUUUUUAUGACAUAUCUCUUUAUGAUUUUUACAAAUAAAAAGUCUGUAUAAGAUGAUGUCUGCCCUUCCUCAGGAUGUCCGGCUGUUUAUCUGGUGAUGGUGUCAGGGCAGCUAAAGACAAGACACAGGCCUGGAGAGAGGGCUUAUGCCCUGAUGUUACUAGCUUUAUCAAUCAGAGGAUUCUGGAACAAAUACAGGAGUUGAGCCUGGUACCUGAUUCCUAGUGGCCUGGAGCAAAGGUGUGUGAUGGUGCUAGACCUGUGUAAAAGCCAAGCCAUAUUCACAGCAAUGUUUACUAUUCUCAGAAAUCAGGAAAUUUGAUUUCCAUCCAUGAGUAAUACGUAACUGCCACUGAUACAGCUUUUAUAACAUGCAUGUAAAUUGUGAUUUGGUCCUCGGAAGGAACAUGGAAUGGAGAGUGGGACGGCAGAUUCUAGCCUCGGUUCCUGCUAACUCAUUCUGUGAUAUGGAGCACAUCAUUAACCUCUGUUUUUUUUAACUGGGAAUGGGGAUAAUCAGGCACAGGCCUCCCUGCCUAUGGAUUGUGUUAAUUAAAAAGGUAGUUUAAUGCAAGGAACACACAUGUUUGGAAAUCAGACAGAGUCCUGGGUUUGGAUCCAAGUGCUGCCACCUGUGUGCUCAAUGAUCCUAUACAUGAUUUAAAAUCUUUCUGAAGCUUGUUUUUUAAAGUUUGUAAAAUGAGAUAAUAAAAUUAACUUU